AGUCCUCGCGGCACGCCGUUGCUUCUCACCCUGAGAACGCCCCUCGCCCGCAGUCGGCGCCUCACUCCGCGGCCAGCUCUCCGCGGCCAGCGCUCCGCACAGGGUCGCCCUCCGCGUGCCCGUCUCUGCCGCGGUCGCGGCCUCUCAGAGCUCCCAGGCGGGCCAUGGAGGCAGACGGGGCCGGCGAGCAGAUGAGACCGCUACUCACGCGGGGUCCCGAUGAAGAAGCUGUUGUGGAUCUUGGCAAAACUAGCUCAACCGUGAACACCAAGUUUGAAAAAGAAGAAUUAGAGAGUCAUCGAGCUGUAUAUGUUGGUGUUCAUGUACCGUUUAGUAAAGAGAGUCGUCGGCGUCACAGGCAUCGAGGGCACAAACAUCACCACCGGAGAAGAAAAGACAAAGACUCAGAUAAGGAAGAUGGACGGGAGUCUCCUUCUUAUGACACGCCAUCGCAGAGGGUGCAGUUCAUCCUUGGGACUGAAGACGAUGAUGAGGAGCACAUUCCCCACGACCUCUUCACGGAGAUGGACGAGCUCUGCUACCGAGACGGGGAAGAGUACGAGUGGAAAGAGACAGCCAGGUGGCUGAAGUUCGAAGAGGAUGUUGAGGAUGGUGGUGACCGAUGGAGUAAACCGUAUGUGGCCACUCUGUCUUUGCACAGUCUCUUUGAGCUGAGGAGUUGUAUCCUAAAUGGAACAGUCAUGCUGGAUAUGAGAGCAAGCACUCUGGAUGAAAUAGCAGAUAUGGUGUUAGACAACAUGAUAGCGUCUGGCCAGCUAGAUGACUCCAUAAGGGAGAAUGUUCGAGAAGCUCUUCUGAAGAGACAUCAUCAUCAAAAUGAGAAAAGGUUUACAAGUCGGAUUCCCCUCGUUCGAUCCUUUGCAGAUAUAGGCAAGAAACAUUCUGACCCUCACUUGCUUGAAAGGAAUGGGGAAGGCCUGUCAGCCUCCCGCCAUUCUUUGCGAACAGGUCUGUCUGCCUCAAACCUUUCCUUGAGAGGAGAAUCGCCUUUAUCCCUUCUUCUCAGUCAUCUUCUUCCUUCUUCAAGAGCUGGCACCCCUGCAGGCUCAAGGUGUACCACCCCAGUACCCACCCCCCAGAACAGUCCUCCUUCCAGCCCCAGCUUAAGUCGCCUGACCUCCAGAAGUUCCCAACAGACUCAGCCUCAGGCCCCAGAAGUACUGGUGUCACCUGACAGGGAUGAUAUUCCCAGAGUAGUAAUUCAUCCGCCUGAGGAAGACAUAGAAGCACUGAAAGGCCAAGAGCAGAAGAAUGAGGAAAAUACUGACUUCACUCCAGGGAUUUUGGCUUCUCCACAGUCUGCUCCUGGAAACCUGGACAGUAGUAAAAGUGGUGAAGUGAAAGGUAACGGAAGUGGAGGAAGCAGAGAAAAUAGUACUGUUGACUUUAGCAAGGUUGACAUGAAUUUCAUGAGGAAAAUUCCUACAGGAGCUGAGGCAUCCAAUGUUUUGGUAGGAGAGGUGGAUUUCUUGGAGAGACCUAUCAUUGCAUUUGUGAGACUGGCUCCUGCAGUUCUCCUCUCAGGGUUGACUGAGGUCCCUGUGCCCACUAGGUUUUUGUUUCUGUUACUGGGCCCAGCAGGAAAGGCUCCACAGUACCAUGAAAUUGGCAGAUCCAUAGCAACUCUAAUGACAGAUGAGAUUUUUCAUGAUGUAGCUUAUAAAGCAAAAGAUCGAAAUGACCUCUUAUCUGGAAUUGAUGAAUUUUUAGAUCAAGUAACUGUUCUUCCUCCAGGAGAGUGGGAUCCUUCCAUACGCAUAGAGCCACCAAAAAGUGUUCCUUCUCAGGAGAAAAGGAAGAUUCCUGCGUUUCCCAAUGGAUCUGCUCCAGUGUCUGCUGACCCUCCUAAGGAGGCUGAUCACCACGCUGGGCCUGAGCUGCAGAGGACUGGACGGCUUUUUGGUGGUUUGAUACUUGACAUCAAAAGGAAAGCACCUUUUUUCUUGAGUGACUUCAAGGAUGCAUUAAGUCUGCAGUGCCUGGCCUCGAUUCUUUUCCUAUACUGUGCCUGUAUGUCUCCUGUAAUCACUUUUGGAGGGCUGCUUGGAGAAGCUACAGAAGGCAGAAUAAGUGCAAUAGAGUCUCUUUUUGGAGCAUCAUUAACUGGGAUUGCCUAUUCAUUGUUUGCUGGGCAACCUCUAACAAUACUGGGGAGCACGGGUCCAGUCCUAGUGUUUGAAAAAAUUUUAUUUAAAUUCUGUAGAGAUUAUCACCUAUCCUAUCUAUCAUUAAGAACCAGUAUUGGUCUGUGGACUUCUUUCUUGUGCAUUGUGUUGGUCGCAACAGAUGCCAGCAGCCUUGUUUGUUACAUUACUCGGUUCACAGAAGAAGCUUUCGCCGCACUCAUUUGUAUCAUCUUCAUCUAUGAAGCCUUGGAGAAACUCUUUCACUUAGGAGAAAUAUAUGCAUUUAACAUGCACAACAACUUGGAUGCAUUGACCAGUUACACAUGUGUAUGUGCUGAGCCAUCUAAUCCUAGCAACGAAACUGUAGAGCUGUGGGAGAGGAAGAACGUGACAGCAGCCAGUAUUUCCUGGGCAAACCUUACCGUGUCUGAGUGUAAGACCUUCCACGGUAUGUUUGUGGGAUCAGCUUGUGGGCCUCACGGGCCUUAUGUUCCCGAUGUGCUCUUCUGGUGUGUCGUCUUGUUUUUCACAACGUUCUUUCUGUCUUCAUUCCUCAAGCAGUUUAAGACCAAGAGAUAUUUUCCUACUAAGGUGCGAUCAACAAUCAGUGACUUUGCUGUAUUUCUCACAAUAGUAAUAAUGGUUGCAAUUGACUACCUUGUAGGAAUUCCAUCUCCUAAACUUCAUGUUCCUGAAAAGUUUGAGCCUACUGAUCCAAGCAGGGGCUGGAUCAUAAGCCCUUUGGGAGAUAACCCUUGGUGGACCUUACUAAUUGCAGCUGUUCCAGCUCUCCUUUGUACCAUUCUCAUCUUCAUGGACCAGCAGAUCACAGCUGUGAUCAUCAACAGGAAAGAACACAAACUGAAGAAAGGAGCUGGCUAUCACCUGGACUUGCUCAUGGUUGCUGUCAUGUUGGGAGUCUGCUCCAUCAUGGGCCUGCCGUGGUUUGUGGCUGCAACAGUGUUGUCUAUAAGUCAUGUCAACAGCUUAAAAGUAGAGUCUGAAUGUUCUGCUCCAGGGGAACAGCCCAAGUUCCUCGGAAUUCGUGAACAGCGGGUUACAGGGCUGAUGAUUUUUAUCCUGAUGGGCCUCUCUGUGUUCAUGACUUCAGUAUUAAAGUUUAUUCCGAUGCCAGUUCUAUAUGGUGUUUUCCUUUAUAUGGGAGUUUCUUCUCUGAAAGGAAUUCAGUUUUUUGACCGUAUCAAAUUAUUUGGAAUGCCUGCCAAGCACCAGCCGGACCUGAUCUACCUCCGCUAUGUCCCUCUCUGGAAGGUGCACGUGUUCACGGUCGUCCAGCUGACCUGCCUGGUUCUGCUCUGGGUGAUCAAAGCCUCUGCUGCUGCAGUAGUUUUUCCCAUGAUGGUUCUUGCAUUAGUCUUUGUGCGCAAGCUCAUGGAUCUGUGCUUCACAAAGAGAGAACUCAGUUGGCUUGAUGACCUCAUGCCAGAAAGUAAGAAAAAGAAAGAAGAUGACAAGAAGAAGAAGGAGAAGGAGGAAGCUGAGCGGAUGCUUCAGGGUGACGGGGAUACUGUGCACCUCCCAUUCGAAAGGGGGAGUCUCCUACAAAUUCCAGUUAAGACCCUAAAAUAUAGUAUUGACCCUUCAGUUGUUAACAUAUCAGAUGAAAUGGCCAAAACUGCCCAGUGGAAGGCACUUUCCAUGAAUACUGAGAAUGCCAAAGUAACCAGACCUAACAUGAGCCCUGAAAAGCCUGUGAGUGUGACAAUAAAUUUCGAAGAUGAACCAUCAAAAAAAUACAUGGAUGCUGAAACUUCAUUGUAAAGUCAAACCAAAAGGAAUAUAUAGAGAUAUAUGCCUAUCUGUGUGUAUGCACAAACACACACACACACACACACACACACACACGCACGCACGCACGCACGCACACAUUUAUAUGUAUGAAAAGCACAUGUGCCAUGCAGUUAAUGUGUAACAGUACUUUGGGGCUUUUUCAAGUAGCAUCAGAUGUUUGUUGUGAGCACCAUGGAGACUGCAUUAAUGAAGUGGUCUCUAGAAGCAAGGUACAUGAAUUUUUACUCCAGAUAUUUUUUUGGAGAGUAAAGCCUUUCUGUUUUGCAAUAGAAAGAUGUGGAGAAUGUGUUCAAUCUGCUUUUCUUAAAUCUCUGUCAGUGGCAAUCAAUCAUAUCAACCUUAAGUGAUACAUACUUAGUCUAUAUACUUAAAGUUUCGACCUGGAUUUCAGAAGGCUUUGCUUCCCUUUUGGUAGUGUUCAUAGGUAGAAUAAGGAGCCUCCCAUGUGGUGAAAAUGACACGUCCUGCCUUCUCUGUGGGCUUUCUUCAUGUAACUGUCCAUCAUACUUCACAGGUGGUGAACAUAGAGGUGAUUAGAAGUUAGCAGAGACUGUCUAGGAGGGAACUUUAUGUUUUAGAAGUUAUUUUUAAAUUUUAAAACUUUCAUAUCUGAGCUUCCAUUUAGAUGGUACAUUAAAAAAAUUGAUGUCACUUCAAUUUAAGACCCACUCAAGUCAUAACGUUUUGAGUUUUCAAACCUAUGAAGUGCCCAUUUACAGUGGUUAAAUUUUGUUACCUUUGUGGCAAGCCUUUUCCAGUACUCAGUACUUGCCUACAAACCAGAGUCCCACUGUUCUUUGUCUUCGUUCUUUACGUAGGUGGUCAGGUUCAGGUAUCUUUCUGUUGUAAGUAGUAAUAAAGAGUCAGCACCCUUUCAAGUAGGCUUGUGAUCAAUGUUCCUUUAUAAGAAUUAUAUUUCAUUUUCUGUGCUUAUUUUUCUACUAUAUAAAAUGUAUUUAAUUGGUUAGUAUCCAUAAUUUCCUUUUAAGUAUUUUAUUUAUUAUAAUUGAUGUGAUACUUAAGUGUAUAAAUAUUUGAGACAGUAACAAACACAGAGUACAUUGCACCUGUUGUAGAUGUUUGUGCUCACUUGCAUUUCUGUUCAGUACCUGAAAGCAGGUGGCAAACUCUACAUCCAUAGUAUAGACUACUGCCAUAUUACAUUUUCAAAGGAAGUUGGAUAUUUCCUGUACAGCUCAGAUCCAAUGGCAUUUUGUCCUGUUCUGUGAGAGCACUGAGUUUCCAAUACUUCUGAGCUGUUUCUUAAGCAUGUGGCAAAUAUUCUUAGCUCCCCACAGAGUAAGUAAAUGCUGUUUUAACCUUUGGGACAGAAUGUUUGGGGCCAGGAAACUUGAUUUGGCAAAGGAUAGGUAACACGUAGAAAUGGGGAGAAACCCCAGAAGCACUGAAGGUGAUGGAACAUAGAGGUUUGGGAAAAUGUCUUAAGGGAAUUCUAGUGUUCUCUAGCCAUUGCAAACUAAAUUACAGAAGUAGGAAGAAAUUCUAUGCAUCUUUAGAUCACAUGCAUAGAAUUGCCCAAAGUGGAUUAUUUUUAGCAACUUUGAAAUCAUUUUAGUUUAUUCUAAACAAUGUACCAAUUAGUGUAAUUCCCUCAUCUGAGAUCACAUAGUUGGAUUCUUUUUAAAAUAGUAGUUGGCAAUAUCUAGUACUAUCUGUGGAGUUCUAUUGGACUUCUUAGCAUAUGAUGGGAGUGUCGCCAUGGUGCUUACAGUCAUAGGUGACCUCCAUUGAAGUGGUUCCUUUUCAUUCAGCAGCACAUUGGUUUCUGAAGUUUCUGUUUGCUGCUAAUUAUAACCCAUCCCACCCCCGAUGUACCCAAACAUUUCCUUGUGUCAGGACAUCAAAGGGUUAAAUGUAUUUUACAGGAAGUGACUUUAAAAUUUAAACUACAAAUUACCUGGUAUCAUAAUCUUCCUGUGACUUAUUAAAUUAUAUGUGCAUUAUCCAGAGUGGGGGCGGGGGCAUGACGUACAGAAUACUUUGCAUCUAAGAUGCUUCACUGUGGUUUUGGUUAUUGAUGCUUUCUGCUUUCUUUUGACUACUUGACUUACAAAGUGAUCUGAUGCGACCACUCCACUGAAGAGCAGGGUAACUGACUGCUUCCUUCAGGUGGUCACAUUUCUCGUGCUAUUUUCGAAAAUAACAAUCAUGAAUAACAUUCAUUGCAAGACAGCAAGAGAGAUAAUUUAGUAUAUAUAUUGAUUUUUUUAAAUGCUGCCUUAAAUAGGUGUAUAUGAGCAGUAGUAAUUGCUAUGUACUGAUUUACCUCAAGGUGCAAAAUAAUUAAACUUGUACAUACCCAUUUACAGAAUAAGUUCAGAGACACAGCCCUGCACUUUCUAGAUGCCUUGAUUUUCAGAUGGAGCUUAGUGCUACUGAACACCAUGGCCAUGGGGCCACCUCAGGACGUUCUUCCCUCCACCAUAUUUUAUUUAUUUAUAGAUGUGUGUUUACAAAGACUGUAAUGAAGCCUGGUGUUAACUAUCUGAAACUUACUUCCUUUCUCUUGCUAUUUCAAUCUAAAGUAGGAGCCUUUGAGAAAACAGUAAACUAGCUUCCCAAUGCUAAAGGGGUGAUUCUAUAUAUAUUUUUAAUAAUAUUAGAUACGCAAAGUGAAGUACAAAGUCUUUAAAAUAUUGUGUGAGUGUUUGUGUAUGUGUAUGAAAUCACUCUUUAACUCUCUUAACUUUUUUAAAACUCGUGGUGUACCAAUGUUCAGAUUUGCCAAGCUUUCCCUAAGACACGUAGGAUGAAAUGUUUUUGCGUGUUAAUGCAUGUAUUUGUAAAGACUUGUUUACUGCUGAAAAUCACUGACUCUUGUUUCCAUCCCCAAAGUGUUUGUUCCUUUUGCAUACUGGAAGGUUGGAUUGAGCAUAAGCUUUCUGGCUUUCCUUUCACAAAGGCAGGUUCAAAAUUGUGCAGACAGAAGAAUGGCUGCUGGCGGUGAGCUGUGGCAUCAGAACUGCCUGUAGUGUCACCAGUGUGGGCAGUGUCACCAGUGUAGGCAGUGUCACCAGUGUGGGCAGUGCCAGCAUUGUGGGAAGCUCAGCAGCUUCAAGUCUGCGACCUGACCAAGUGCUCAGAGUGGGAUGUGGGAGCCAUUAACAGAGCAUUGUAAUUCAGAUGGUUAUUUAAGUAACUUCCAUGUCUGAAAUUUAUUUAUGUUAUCAUUUGUAGCACAAAUACAUGAACUGUCUUCAUUUAGUCCAACAAUUAUUUAUUUUUAGAAAGUAAAUUGAAAGACAAGCUGCAUUCAACUUUUAAAAUAGUGUUCUAAUCACAAGAUGUGAUCAUUUAAAUUGUAAGGUCUCUUUUAACUUCCUGGAAAGUAGAUUGUCAAAAGGAAUCAUGUAAAGAUUAUUUUAAAAUUUUAACUGUAUGUAGUUAGAGUGUAAACCCCAGCUCUGUGGUCUCUAAUCAUAUUUUUUGCACAUUCAUUGUUUCUGUUCUGUAGCUUUUCUUGUAUUCCUUUAAGAUAUUUGGCAUUGUAGGGGUAAGGUGUCUUCCAGUGUUUACUAUGUUAAGCUUAAAUUAAAAUUUAAAUUUAUUGUCCAUUUAUAUAAUAUUUGAUACUUUGGUGUAACUUCUCAAUACAGUUACAAUUUUUAUGACAUUUAUAAUUGCAAUCGUAUUUUCUUUUGUAAUAAAAUCCAAAGUCAAUUAAACAAAUUGUAGACCUGGUAUUUCUCAUCUAUAUGAAGUACAAGUCUCUACCUGAGUCUAUAAUGUGAACCAUCCUGCCUUUCACAUUUGUUUCCUAAUUGUUAGAGAAAACUAUUUUUUGUAGAUGUUAUUGAAAGAGCAAUAAAAGUCUACAUAGCAA